UAUAGAAUGGACGCUUGCAUAGAACCCGCAAUUUUAUGUAUGCCCCGCAGUUAAAGCGCGUGAAGUGAUAUAGAACACGAAGAUCAGAAAAUGGCGGCAGUUAACGGGUGUUACAUGUGAUAUUGAAAAUUAAUAGAUCUACAGUACUCAGUAAUGAUGUAUUUCAAGGAAAUGAGACCAAGAAGAAAGAAACAGGAGAAUGUGGCAGCAGACUGCAUUGAUUCAGGGGAGGACCUCAAAGAUUUUGUUAUUGAACAUAUACCACCAAAAGGUCUUGGUGUUAGAACAACAAUAAAUAGAACAAAAGGAGAUUUCUUAAUGAUUUAUUCCGGCGAACUGAUAACAGAAAGAGAAGGGGAAGAACGUGAAGAACGUGAACCAUCCGUGUUUAGAUACUUCUUCCAAUAUAAAAGGAAAGGGUGGUGUAUGGAUGCUACUAGUGAAUUAGAUGUUGGGCCUCGGCUAGGUCGUCUGGUGAACCACGGUGGUAAAGGUAGAAAUUGUGUUAUGAAAACCCUGGAGUUCAACAAAAGGCCAUAUCUUUGCUUGUUUGCUGCUAAAGAUAUUCCACAAGGUGAAGAGUUACUGUAUGAUUACGGCAUUAAGGAUUUGCCUUGGGAGAGAAAAGCUGACACAGAAUUGGUGGCCGCUACUGACAAUCUGGAGAACAUGCUGGAGGCCCAGACUACAGACAAUCUGAAGAACAUGAAGGAGGCCCAGACUACAGACAAUCUGGACAACACGCUGGAGGCCCAGACUACAGAUAAUCUGGAGAACAUGCUGGAGGCCCAGACUACAGACAAUCUGGAGAACAUGCAGGAGGCCCAGACUACAGAUAAUCUGGACGAAAUGCUGGAGGCCCAGACUACAGAUAAUCUGGAGAACAUGCAGGAGGCCCAGACUACAGACAAUCUGGAGAACACACUGGAGGCCCAGACUACAGACAAUCUGGAGAACAUGCUGGAGGCAGAGGCUACAGACAAUCUGGAGAACAUGCAGGAGGCCCAGACUACAGAUAAUCUGGACGAAAUGCUGGAGGCCCAGACUACAGAUAAUCUGGAGAACAUGCAGGAGGCCCAGACUACAGACAAUCUGGACAACACACUGGAGGCCCAGACUACAGACAAUCUGGAGAACAUGCUGGAGGCAGAGGCUACAGACAAUCUGGAGAACAUGCAGGAGGCCCAGACUACAGAUAAUCUGGACGAAAUGCUGGAAGCCCAGACUACAGAUAAUCUGGAGAACAUGAAGGAGGCCCAGACUACAGAUAAUCUGGAGAACAUGCUGGAGGGCCAGACUACAGAUAUUCUGGAGAACAUGCUGGAGACCCAGACUACAGAUAAUCUGGAGAACAUGCUGGAGGCCCAGACUACAGACAAUCUGGAGAACAUACAGGAGGCCCAGACUACAGAUAAUCUGGAGAACCCGCUGGAGACCCAGACUACAUAUAAUCUGGAGAACAUGCUGGAGGCCCAGACUACAGACAAUCUGGAGAACAUGCUGGAGGCCCAGACUACAGACAAUCUGGAGUUAAUUCUGGAGGCCCAGACUACAGACAAUCUGGAAAACGUGCGGGAUGCCCAGACUAUAGACAAUCUGGAGAACAUGCUGGAGACCCAGACUACAGACAAUCUGGAGAACAUGCUGGAGAUCCAGACUACAGACAAUCUGGACGAAAUGCUGGAGAUCCAGACUACAGACAAUCUGGACGAAAUGCUGGAGGUCCAGACUAAAGACAAUCUGGAGAACACGCUGGAGGCUCAGACUACAGACAAUCUGGAGAACAUACUGGAGGCCCAGACUACAGACAAUCUGGACGAAAUGCUGGAGGCCCAGACUACAGAUAAUCUGGAGAACAUGCUGGAGGCCCAGACUACAGAUAAUCUGGGCAACAUGCUGGAGGCCCAGACUACAGAUAAUCUGGGCAACAUGCUGAAGACACAGAUUAUGACUGAGGAGCAGGUACACCCCAGCAAGAUACAGGACCAGAUCUCCGGUAAUAAUGCCCUGAUGAAGGAGAUGGCUGUGCGACUUACCAGCCUUAAGUCUAUACAGACAGCUGCAGAGGAGCUGAUCAAACAAGCCACUGAUUUGCAGGAUGGUGAUGCGAAAGAUAUUCCUCAUGGCACCAACAAGUUCUGGGAUGAACUGCAACAGUUGACACAUACGCUGAAGCACAUGUCUGACAGGCUUGGCAAUCAGGAGCCCACGGUGGAGCCCACGGUGGAGCCCAGCCUCAUCCGGGAACAGCAGGAAACACUAGAGAUCUCCAGUGAUGAAGAAGUGAUCAAUGUUGAUAACAAUGAUGAAGAUGAUGAUGAGGUGAUAGUGAGGAAAUCGCAGCUCAAGAAAAAAGGAAAGAAGAAACCUAAACUGUUUGAUUUAGAUGAGGAUGAAGAUCCAAUUCCAAAGGAGAAGAAGAGAAGGAAAUCCAGAAAGAUUGUCCAUGUAGGGGGGUCAGAUGGUUACGCAGAAGAAGAUGUUCUGGAGCCGACACCUAAGAAAACGUUUAUGGACAAGUUCUUGGCAAGCAGGAGCCCUGGAAAGGACACAAAUGCAUCCAAACCAGAGCCUGCCAAGAAGGUUGAGACAGCCAAAAAACUGACUGAAGCGAAACCGACCGUCUCUGUUUCAGCCUUCUUUGGUGAAGCUAGUAUUCAUCGUGUGGAGAGAAAAGUGGUACCAGCUAAGAAGGAAUUAGCAUUACAGAACUCAAAUGUGAACCCUCUGAACCAGCCAGUAGAUCCACUUGUGAACUAA